CUCCCUUUACAAACGAUACGUAGCAGUUUUGCAGGUGUUGAAAUUGAAGGUGUUCAAAAACACCAAGAAGGUGAUGAUGCCCAGGGACUCGAGGGGACCCUUUGGAUUCACCCGUUUGAAUUGGCCUCCGACCUGAGUCAAACGGGGAUGGGAGAUGGAAUCCAUCGUUUGAAUGCGCUUUAAAUUGCAAGAGAGGGCUUUCGUGCACUACCCUACCUCACAACCAUCCAACAUGGUCGCCCGUGUCUGCAAGCUCCUUAUCAAGGAUCCCGACCAUCCCAACAAAGUCUACCAUCAGUGGGCGACAACGAUUUCGCCUGGAACUAAGCCUGAAACGUUCAGGGGGGAUCUUCUCCCCGAGACGGACUCCACCGUCAAUUACAAGCUCUCUGUGGACCCCGAGGACCCCGAGGACCCCGUGGAGUAUUAUUCGCCGGAGCAGGUUCUGGCGUUUGCUCUCGAGUACCUGGCCAGCGGCUCUGACGGGCCCGCCUGCCCCCUUCCCUGCGCCUCGUGGGAUGCGGAGAAGCAGAGGCUGACCCUCACCAUUGUGCGCGAGUCCAAGCAGGACCCCAUCAAGAAGCCCAAGAAGAGCAACGCGAAAGAGCCCAUCACUCGCGUGCGAACGCCGGACUCCGCGCUGUUCAUGGAGGCCGUCCGUCGCUUCUACCCCUUCGCCAAGCGCGGCCCUGGCGAAGGCCCCCGCCUGCUCAACACCAGACUGGCCGCCAAUGGCGAGUUGAAAAAGUAUUGGCAAGACAAGAUGGCCGCGGCCUACGCCUGGAGCCUGAAGCGAGGCAUCACGUUGUCGCGCGAAGACUUCCAGGCCGACUGGACAAAGAAGGCAACCGACUUCAACGCCAAGCGCACCACUUACGAGAAGACGACCGCAGCCGCCCGCGCUGUCAAGGACAAGAACCAGCCCAAGAAUGAGCGUGGCUGGUACAAGAACGCAUGGCGCAGCCAGUGGGGCAAGAUGUGGGACGGCUACAAGCGCGACCCUGUGCGCUUCACGGCUGGCGAGAAGCAGACGCUGACGGAAGAGGAGGUCGGUCUUUGCAAGGAGCUUGAGUCUUUGCUGCCAAGCCGGGCUUCCGCGAGCGUCAAGGACGCCAAGGUGUCCUACGGUGCCAUCGACGCCGGGGGCCUUCUGGGACCGCUGGCCAAGGCCUUGAGCGGCCUCUCUUCAAAGACCAAGCGCUCCUCUCUGGGGUCCACAGGCGCCGUCGACGUCGCCGCCGCACCCCAGCCCAGCCCGCCCAUGCCCCCGCCCAUGCCCCCGCCCAUGCCCCAGUCCAGCCCAGGCGCCAUCGACAAGCUGGCCGCGGCGGGUGCCGAGCGCGUGAAGGCGCUGGGCGACAAGAAGCGGACGGAUGCGAAGAAGCGCGGCCUAGGAGACGCUGACUUUGCUGAGGGAGGGAGGGAUUCGCCUGCGGGUUCUGUUAGUGAGAGCGACAGCAUGGACACUAACGGUAGCGGCACCGGCAGCGGUAGCGGCACCGGCAGAGGUAGCGGCACCGGCAGCGGUAGCGGCACCGGCAGCGGUAGCGGCACCGGCAGCGGUAGCGGCACCGGCAGCGGUAGCGGCACCGGCAGCGGUAGCGGCACCGACGGCGGCGGCGGCGGGAAUGUUGGCAAUGGCAGUGACAGGAGUGGUGGUGGCUACAGUAAUAGCGGCAGCGCCCGGGUGGACAGCGACUACCUAUACUCCGAUGAGGAAGAGGAAGAUGCUGCUGACGCUGAACCGGGUCAUUUCCUGGCGGCAGCUCUACACCGCGUUGUGGCUUCUCUCGACCAGGACGACCCUGCCAACAUCAACACCAUUGAGCUGCUGAAUGCUAUUCUGCAGCAAUUCGGGCACCUGGCGCCUGUUGACGGCGACGGUGAUGCUGAUGACCAAGCCGGUGCGGUUGCCAACGACCUUGCGGCGCAGGGUAUGGUCAUGCAACCCACCAACAUCUCCGAACUACAGCAUGGUGCGCGGUCUGUGCAGCACUUCAAGGGCAUCAUGUCAGAGCCGCUGUGGAGAACAGGCACUCAAUCUGCACCUAUCACUGUGGGGCAGUUUGCUUACGCUUGGAUGAAGGAGAAGAUUGAUGGGCGCGUACGGGAUAAUGUUGCGGACCGUCAGCUGCGUUUCCUUCGUGACGUGUGCUUUCCACCUGGCAAUAACUUGCCCCCGUCGCUGUACAUAAUGAAGAAGAUGUUGGACAUUCCAGACGCACGUGACUUUGAGAAGCACGUUUGUUUGAGCGACAAGUGCUUGUUCCCUGAUUUCCCUCGAGAUGAGUGGCACCAGCACCUGCAAGAUGAGUGCGGCUGCGGCCAUCGACGGUUUAAGCCUGCCCGGCCAGGACACCAACCAGUUCCGAACAAGAGGUUCUACGACUUCGGUGUCGAGAAUGUCGUGCGCGGCAUGUUCAUGGACCCACGGUUCUGCACGUUUCGCGGCACAGGGCGCGACAACAACCCUGACGACUUCUACGGCUCGCGGUACGCGCAAGACAUCAAUGCCAAGACUUCCGGCGAGUUCUUCGAGCCCGACAGCUCGGCUUACGACCUGGGCUUUGACUUCGGCGAGGUCUUCUCAUUCAAGAAGUACAGCUGCGGGAUGCUGUUCAUUCGGUGCGCGGACCUGCCAGUGACUCAACGCAGCAAGCGCCGCCACUGCUUCCCCCUGAUCAUCACGCCCGGACCUUCGGAGCCUGACUCAAUGGAAGUCUACUUGCGCCCAACACUGACAGCAUUCAAGGCCUUCGGGCCUGGCACCGAGGGCAUGACCGUGGUGGACGCUGCUUCGGGCCGAACCUUUGGGCACAAGAUGUUUCUGGGCGGUAUCUUUGCUGAUACGCCUGCAAACCGGACGUUGAGUCUUUGGCUCUCCCAUGCGGCCAAGAACGCAUGUGGGCACUGCAUGCUGCUGGGAGAGACUGGCCCUAACGGCCAUGGUACAUACUUUCUGGGGUACAACAAGCCGGCGGACAUCAACACAGCGCUGAACGUCCUGUUGCCACCUGACUGUUGUGGAAAGUAAUCAUGACUUGGCAUCGGCGCUGGGUUGCCAUGGCAUUUCCUGCAUAGCGAAGGAGCUGUCGUACAUAGACAUGAAUAACGUGUGGGUUGUGCCCAUAGCGCAUGCAGCUCUGUUCGGUGUCAUCAAGAAGUUCUGGCACUUUGUGCUGGGCGAGUCCGUCAAGAAGGCUGAGAGUGACUUUGUGUUAAGUGUAGAGGCUCGUCGCAGAAUGACUGCACGUGCAUCCCAUUUCAUCAUUACUAAUGACUUUAACCGACCCUACCGUGACAUUGUCCCCUGCUCGUACUGGACCAUGGAAGAAUGGCUGCACUGGACGGACUGCUUCUCCCUAUACGUCCUGCACUCGCACGGAGGGGAUCCUAAUAAAGUUGUGAUGCCGGUAGUUACACGGAAAGAUGAUGCAGGGCUGGAUCGUGAGUUUGACCUGGGGAGAAUGUGGGAGAUGUUGCGCACGGCCAUGCUGCAUUAUCUGCGGUAUGACCAAUUCUCGGAGGCUGCGUGUGACAGUGCAGCAGUAACCUUCAAACAGUUCUGCUGUGACUCGGAGCUCGUGUUUGGCAUGAAGUUUGCUACCUACAACAUGCAUCUACUGGCAUGUAGGCUACGCGAGCAGGAGCGUGCACGUGGGCACGUGGCGUUUGCAACUGAGUUCUGGGUCGAGCGCGGUGUGCAGCAGGUCAAAAGUGGGGUCAAGUUCCGCACAACCAGGUGUCCAGAGCAAAUUAUUGUGAGUGGGUUCCUUGCAAGUGCCCGGCUCGCUGAGAUGCGAGCUGAGCGUGGCAGGGGAGGUGGCACCGCGGAUGGUGGUGCAACCGGGCCAGCCGGGGUAGAGGCCGGCCAUGCACUGGCUGCGGGUGGGAGCCAGUACAAGUCAUUUGAUGAGUGGGUGCCAGAUUACCGUGCAGCACACGUCACAUUGACGGGGGAUGUUUGCGCGGAUGUAGAGGAUGGUGAGGGUUCCCAGCUGCUUGGGCGCGGAUAUGUGGCGGGUCCGACCGAGCGGACAGUUGUCUUCGAAGCAUUCAUGAAGGCUUUUAGUAAAGAGGACUUUGCGACACGUUCAGGUGUGGUGGAGGGUGACUUGCAGAACGCAAGUGUUAUUAUAUUCAAACGUGCACUUGUACGACGUGACCAGGUUUUACUAUCUACAAAGUAUAACUUGACCACUGCACGUGAGUCAUUUUAUGUGAAGACUAAGUAUGCGCCAUCCCUUGACACCCCAGAGGACGAUCAGGACGUGUCUGUGUAUGUUGGAGAGGUUGCAUUCUAUGCUCGUGUGCAAACCGUGCGUGGGGUUGUAUGCCGUGUGGCGAUUUGCGAAUUGCAUAAGGUGGAGGUGGUACGGCCGCAGUCGUUGUACUAUGCUGCAGACUUUAGUCGCCGCAAGGCAACCCCCAACCAAGAACGCCAGCAGACGUUCCUGAACUCGUUCCCCGUGCUAUUGCAAGCCAUUGACUCGAAGGUGAUGCGCUGCAAGCUCGACGAGAAUAAAAGUUACUUCAUUACGUACCACUUGUUUUCUCAGUUGCCAACCAAUGAUGGUGAUUGGCAAGGAGCAGUGCAAGUUGGGUAGCCGCUCACGCGGCUGAUGCAGUCUGUAACAUGAUGAUGUC